UUUGGUUGGUGUAGGACAGCCCCGAGAGCUGGUAAGGAGAUCUGAGGUUUGGGUGUGUCUGCUUCAUAUGGGCUGGGCUCUCCUUAUUCACCAAGUAAGUCUGACUGGGGCACAUGCUUUCUUCCUGUGUCGGGAGUGACUCAGGUACAGGAGCUGAUAAAACCACCUGAGAAGAGAAAGCGAAGCACACUGGAAAGCCAUCUGCAAGCUCCCGGCUCUGCUCUGGUGCGUUGUGUUGUGUAUUCAUGCCUGGAUCCCCAGAAAUGACUUUGCACUGGCUGCUAACCCUGAGCUGCCUCUGUGUCUCUGUCUUCCUGCCUGCAGCCAUUGGUACCGACAGAAGAGAAGUCUGUGACUGCAAUGGGAAGUCCAGUCAAUGCAUCUUUGACAGGGACCUGCUCCGAGAAACAGGAAAUGGGUACCGUUGCCUCAAAUGCAUUGACAACACGGAUGGCGUUCGCUGCGAGAGGUGCAAGGAGGAGUUCUAUCGCCAGCGGGAUGGAGAAAGCUGUCAGCCCUGUAACUGCAACUCCAGAGGCUCUCUCGGCCUGCAGUGUGAUAACUACGGCCGGUGCAGCUGCAAACCCGGUGUGAUGGGCGAUAAGUGUGACCGGUGCCGGCCGGGGUUCCAUUCCUUCUCAGAGACUGGGUGCCGGGCAGGUGAACAAGUGUCGAGUGCUCAGUGUGACUGCGAUCCAGCCGGUAGCGUGGGACAUUGUGUUUCAGGUCGCUGCGUCUGCAAGGCAAGCGUCUUGGGAGAGCGAUGUGACCGGUGCAAGCAGGGCUACUAUCAUCUGGAUGCAGGAAACCCUGAGGGAUGUUCCCAGUGCUUCUGUUAUGGUCACUCCGCCAUGUGUGCCAGUGCAGAAAAUUACAACAUCCAUAAAAUCACCUCCACCUUCCAGCGAGAUGCUGAGGGCUGGAGAGGAGUGUAUGCAAACGGGUCCCCUGUACAGCUCCAGUGGUCUCCCCGCCAUCGGGAUGUGUUUCUUACAGCCAGAAGAUCAGAGCCCACCUAUUUCCUGGCACCGGCCAGAUUUCUUGGGAACCAGCAGGUGAGCUACGGCCAGACCCUGUCCUUUGAUUAUCGCAUGGACCGAGGGGGUCGUCGUCCUUCUCCCCAAGAUGUGGUCCUGGAAGGAGCUGGCCUACGAGUCACCGCCUCCCUCCUGCCUCAUGGGAAGAUGUUGCCCUGCGGCAUCAGCAAGACAUAUGCAUUCAGACUGGACGAGCACCUGCACAGCGGAUGGAGCCCCAAGCUGAGUUACUUUGAGUAUCGCAGGUUACUCGGAAACCUGACGGCCCUUUGGAUCCGAGCCACGUAUGGAGAAUACAGCACUGGGUACAUCGAUAAUGUCACCCUGGUUUCUGCACAGCCGACGUCUGGAACCCCGGCUCCCUGGGUGGAACGAUGUGUGUGUCCUGCUGGCUAUCAGGGGCAGUUCUGUGAACACUGUGCUCCUGGGUACAAGAGAGACUCUUCCAACCUUGGGCCUUUCAGCACUUGUGUGCUGUGUGACUGCCAGGGGGGAGGAAACUGCGAUCCAGACACUGGAGACUGUUAUUCAGGAGAUGAAAACAUGGACCCCAACACCAGCUGCCCAUUUGGUUUCUACAGGGACCCCUGGAAUCCGCAGAGCUGCCGGCCGUGCCCUUGCAGAAAUGGCCAGGGCUGCUCAGUGACGCCAGGGAGACAGGAGGUCGUUUGCAAUAACUGCCCUCUGGGAGUCACUGGUGCUAACUGUGAACUCUGUGCUGACGGCCAUUUUGGAGACCCCUUGGGCGACAACGGCCCUGUGAGACCCUGCCAGCCCUGCCAGUGUAACAAUAACGUCAAUCCCAGUGCCGUAGGGAACUGUGACCGGCUGACGGGUGAAUGCCUGAAAUGCCUCUACAACACGGCUGGCUUCUCCUGUGACCAGUGCAGGGAUGGGUUCUUUGGGAACCCCUUAGCCCUCAACCCAGUAGAGAAGUGUCAAGCCUGCAACUGCAACUCGGUAGGUUCUGACCCCCUGACGUGCAGAAGCGAUGGGAGCUGUGUUUGCAAGCCAGGAUUUGAGGGGCCCAACUGUGAGCAGACCCAGUGCCCAGCCUGCUACAGCCAUAUGAAAACACAGGUGGAUCAGUACUUGCAGCAGUUGCAGCAGCUGGAGGUGCUUGUGUCUCAGCUGCAGCUUGGCAGUGGGGCAGGGGCCAAUGAGGAGCUGGAGGGGAAGAUGCAACAGGCUGAGGAGACCCUGCGUGAAAUCCUGAGAGAAGCUCUGAGUUUACAAGCCUCUGACAAGUCCCUGGAGAGCCGGGUGUCCAAAAUGAAGGGACAAGAGUCCAGCUACCAGAGCCGCUUGGCCGACAUCAGGGUGACAGUGCAGAGGCUGCAGGCACUGGGGCGUCAGUACCAGGUCCAGGUGCAGGACAUUAGGAGGCUGAUCGAGAGAGCCCGUUUGGACCUGGGGCAAAGCAAAGUGACCCUGAGUGGGCUGAAUAUUCCAACUUCAAAUCUCCCGGGUGGGUCAAACAGUUUUUUGAUGCUGGCCCAAGAAGCUCUCAGACUAGCAAACAGCCACGUGCAAUCAGCAAAUGCCAUUGAACAGGCAGUCAGGGCGGCGGCGGAUGACUCAGGACAGGCCCUGGAGCUGGUGCGCUCAGCUGUGAGCGGAGGAGGCAUCCUGGCGAGCUCUGUGCAAGGGCUGCUGCGAAAAUAUGAUGAAACCAAAUUGCUGGCCAGUGAUCUGGAGACUGACGCCACCAGAUCUGCCUUGGAUGCUGACAGAGCCUAUCAGGGCAGCCUGCUGCUCCUCGGCUCCAUGUCUCGCUUCUCAAAGAUCGACGCUGGGUCCUUCCAGGAGGAGGCGAGCCGGCUCAGGCAGGAGGCAGACGCUCUAAUGGGCUUGGUGGAGACGUACAUGGCAGAAUACAGGCGGCUGCAAAGCAACACAGGAAGCUGGGAGGAAGAAAUCAAACAAUUGUUACAGAGCGGGGAAAGCAAGAGACUGGCUUCAAGUCAGCUGUUGUCCCGCGCCAACCUUGCCAAGAGCAGAGCACAGCAGGCACUGAAUGCUGGCAAUGCCACUUUUUAUGAAGUUGAACUCAUCUUGAAGAAUCUCAGGGGGUUUCACCUGCAGGUAGAUGGUAGGAGAAGAGAAGCUGAGGAAGCCAUGAGAAGACUCCCUCUCAUCAGCAAUAUGGUCACGAAUGCCAAUGAUAAGACUAGACAAGCAGAAGGUGCCCUGGGCAGCGCUGCUACAGAUGCAAAGACAGCCAGAAGCAUGGCCGGUGAGGCAAAGGAGAUCACUGGUGGUAUCCAGCAGGAGAUAAGGCGGUUGAAUUCGGAAGCCAACAGGACAGCAGAUGGGGUCCUGGCACUGGAGAAAGGAGUCAUAGCUUUACUGGACGAGGCCAGAGAAGCAGAAAGGAAGCUCACGAGGAAGGCUCUGGAGAUCGAUAUGGAUGCCACGACUGCACAGAAAACCGGUCAGGAGGCGCAGGGUGCCCACACCGGUGCCCGUACUGCUGGGGUUGCUGUCCAAGAGACACUGCGUGCCCUGGAAGAUUUUCUACAUCUGAUAGACCAGCCUGGCACUGUGGAUGAGCAGGCGUUGAAAUUGCUCGAACUCAACCUCAGCAGUGCCAGGACAAAGAAUAGCCAGUUGAAAGAGCAGAUGGCCGAAAUGGAGAAAAUGGCCAGUCUGCAGAGGCUCCGGGUUCAGACUCUGGAGAGGAGCAUUAAUGAGAUCCUGGCAGACAUUAGGAACCUGGAGGAGAUCCGCAACAACCUCCCCCCAGGCUGCUAUAACACAAAUCCCAUUGAAAAACCUUGAGACCUUUAGGAAGACUCUCUGGACUGGGUCUCUCAGGCUUGGAUACUAGGGCUUGGCCUGAUGGGUCGUAGGGGAUGGGGAAGCCAAGCCUGCCAGGACCAGCUGCCUUUGGCUCUGAUGAGCUGAACACAGACGCUUUGGGUGCAGCUGGUCAGACUCGUUGUGGCAAUGUGCUGACGUUUGCCUCACGACACCACGUUUUGAUGCCAACAUCACCACAAGGUGCCUCUGAGCCGGGAAAGCCUUAUACUCUGGUAUCCGUCCCUGGAGUGCGGGAGGAAGGAAGGAGAGACCCGGCUGCAUGAAGAAGCUGCUGACCAAGAAGAGCCAUAGCGAGUAGGAGCCCACCCCUAGAGCGUGGCCUGAGGAGGCAGCGGCAGCGGGUUCAGCUUCUGGACAGUCGCCAAACGAACGUCUUUCUAGAAACUGAACUCUGACUCCUGUGGAUCUCCCUGUCCCUACCAAGGCCCUGACGCUUGGGCACAGCCAGCAGAACUUGCCACUCUCCUUCAAUGCCAGUGCCUCUCUCAUUGCCUUUCACCACCCAACGCAGCAUUGGCUCCCCUCGGUGUAUUGCAAGACGCUUUCUCACCAGCAAUCCUUUCCGAACCCAGCAAAGGACAGGGAUGGGCGCAGGGCCAGGGAGGUUGGGGUUCCCUACUGCGGCACUGUCCUCACUGACUUUCCAGUCUCGACACGGACACUAGUACUGCCUGUACAUCUGUUUUUGUGCUUUAGACUUGUGCAGGGGGAGGACCCAACUUGUGACCCUUUCGUUAAAGGUGCAGGUCUUCCCCAACGUAUCUUAGCAAGUUGACUAAAUUACUGUUUAGUCAGGGAUUUAUUUUUGAUGGUUUAAAAAUGAUCACACCGAAGAGGGUGGGAGGAUGGUCCAGUAACUCCUUAGACUGUUGAAGGGGCCCUCAGCUGGAAAGUCCUUCCUACCAGCACACUCGGCUCCCGGGGGAGAUUUCACACCCCUCUCUCCUCCCCCUUCUCAUCCUGGGCUUUUCAUUCAGGCGGGUUCUCAAGGGAUUAACCGGAGAGGAUGUCUUUGAGAUCAAUCACUCAGGCUUGCAGUAUCUAGGCCCACUGAAAGCACAGGUGCAAGACCCAGGAGGGAUGACUCAGCCCUUCAUCCUUCUGAGGGCAAUCGACUAUCAUGCAGUUUACUGUGCGUCUUUCAGAUGAGACUUUGAAAAGCAAAUUCUUGUUUUCUCUGCAUGGACAUCAAAGUUCCCCUGGCGUUUUCCGUAAUAACGGGGGUUUGUCCUGCUGACCUUGGCCAAAAUUGCCGGCACCCAAGAGCCCAGCUUACCCUACACAGUGUUAGCAUAUUGAUUGCCCUAUUAAAAACCCCCAACACCGUAAUGCUAACCAGAUGUGUCUCCACCUCCAGUCUGGAAGCAGUUUGGUGCUGCCUCCCAACAGACAAUGUUCGAUGUUUUACAUAAAGCAGCCUCGCAUCAGAGGAAUUGUGACUGAUUCUUAAUCGAUCAUUCUCUAAAACUGGAGAAACUGGAGGGAAAUCUCUACCACCGGUCCGAUUCCAUUUUGUUCCUCUGUCUCAGUGGAGACAGUCCCCUGGCCCUUGUGGCCACUAGAGACUGGCUCUGCUGGAUCCUUGUUACCUCUUGUGCCCCACAUAGUGUGGCAGGAUCAGCAAUCUCAACCGUGCCCCAGAGGAGGGGGUCACUUUCUGGGGUUAAACUCACCCCUCAGUUGCUCAGCUUCUCUGAUAAAGUGCCACCUCCUUGUUUGAAUAUUAUAUGUUAAAUAAUCAUCUAUGGUAUAUUUCUAUUUAUAGUGAAACACACUAACCCCUGGCUUGUUCUGCGAUUUCUCCCACUGCACAGGACAGGACAGAUGUUAUGGAUCUGACUUUUUUUGUUUUGUUUUUUUGCUUAAGUGCACUUUUUACUUGGAAAAAAAAGUCAAUAAACAACAAAUCCUUGUGGCUGGAUGUUGCUGUUUCUUUCUUUCUUCCUGCUCUCCAUUUGCAGAUAGGUUUCUCUGUGUCCAGCAGAGGUGAACUGGUUGUUGGGGAAAGGAGGUGGCAGCUUGAGUUAGUGGCUAGAGAAGGCUGAGAUAUUGAGAUGACAGUGAUACUUUCUAGUGUGCAUCUUCUCAGAGUGCUGUACGGUGAUUGGUAAUGACUAUUAGCCUUGUUUCACAGAUGGGGAAAGUGAGGAAUGGAGUGAUUAAGUGACCUUUGCAGGGGAAAAAACCCUGAAGUCCUGACUCUGUCCUCUUCUCUACCCUCUAGGUUCUCAGACUUUCAUGGGGGGAGGGGAGGGAGGGGGAGGAACCAGGCUUCAAUAGAAAAAGUGUCCCAUGGAGACCUUCCCUCCCAUUUGUGAUGGUACAGUGUCCCCAGCAGCUUUGGCCUUUCCUUUUGAGGAAAAGUAGUAAUAGAGGAACGUUAAGUUUCUCUUCUGAUGGCUCUGGCUGAGGCCAUCUUCUCCUCCUCCGCCUUAUGUAGCAGCAGCUGCUGGUCUGGCCCUUCUUCCUUGUUUGCAGCUGCUUUUACAGGCCUCCAGGCUCUUCUUUGCAGCCGGUGAACUUUGAUAACUUUAGAAGGAGGCGGAGCCAACACCAUGUGACCUGCCAGCUCCCUACAGAACAGGUGUGAUCCAAGGGCCAAGGAUCUCCAUUUCCAAAUUGCAGCAUUAGACCCCGAUGCCUCCCUGACUGAAGUGGCUAUAAAAUAAGUGCAAAGUAUUCUCCUUAUUCUAGGAGACAGCCAUCCAGCUGUCACAAAAUGGAAUGGGACAUUUCCCUAGCUGAAGCAGCAGUGAAACACUACAGUCUAAUAGCAUCAUUUUUUAUUACAUAAUUUAAACACUUUGCUGAUAAAGGGGUGGGUGUUUUUUUUGUUUUUUUUUUGUUUUGGGUUAUUUUUCUUUUUGUCGACCACUUUUAGCAACAGAAAUCCAACUCCCAACUCUCUCACAAAGAUGCAAUUGGCAACAUGGCAACUUCAACCCAUUGGGGUUUUUUUUUUCUUUUAAAACUUUUUUUUAUUCAUUUCAGUAAAGCAAAACUGUGUUACUAAAAUUGCGGGUUCAAGGACCAUCCCACCCUCUUUCCCCCGUACACGGAAAAACUCCUUCCUUGCCAACCCUUGUUGCAUGGGUUAGAGAUGGAGGUGCGACUGCUCGCGCCAACCCAAGGAUCAAAUCCAAAGUGAUCCCAACAGUUCGACAGUCCACUCCAAAGUUAUGCUUCAUGCCCACCCCCCACACCAUGAGUUUUGCUGAGCAGAUAAAUGAAGGCAUAGAUAAGACUAGUAAGACAUAGUAUAUUCAUCAUCCAUACCACAAUGCUAUGUUUCUAAGGCAUGCCGUCCUAAACUGGAUGAGAUCGAAAACUGGCCUGCUUCCCAUCUCACACCCUUCGAUCACCAGAAGGAGCAGGGGAUCGAGAGCUUUUCGACUCUUAUAAACACUGUCUUAAUUCAUUUUUAUUUCCUUUCUCUAUCUUCCCUCAGUUAAGAGCAAUUGUCCUACCUCCCACUCCAGGGGCAAGUCUCUUCCCUCUGAGUUUAUUCUCUUGGUGGCUCGUUCUAGACAUUGAUUGCUUUAUCUCCUCCAGCUUGGAGUGGAGAAGUACAGUGGGUUCUGGCAAGGAGCCGUUGCUAUUCUCUGAAAUAGCUUGUAUGUGAGACAGAGCUCGCGAAAAGCUUGACCCACACGGGGUAGUAAGAGCUGUUUGUCUAGAAGAGCUUAGCUACUGACGUAUAGAGAACUCUUCCCCUCCCUCCCCCACAAAAUGACCAUGCCCCUUAUAUCCACCUGCUAUGUAUGUGAGCAGGAGUCUCCAGGAAGGCUGCUCGUUCCAGGUUCCCACGUGCUAGUUUGUAGAGCAGUGGGUGCUAGCUAGCAGCAGGAACUGCAGAUGGAGACGUCCCCUGAAGAACAGGUGACAGUACACACGUUUCCUACUUGCUCCCAUCAGCCUCUGUGGAUUCUGAGUUGGCUUGGUGCCCCCUGGGAGUCCAUGUUUUCCCCCACCUAGACAUACACGCUGCUGCCAGGAGCGGCAGGAAGAGCAGAGAAACAAGAGCCUGGCAAAGCCAGUCCAACCUCCCCACACCCUUUCCUACCCUUCUGCUUGUCAUGGGAAACUUCAGUGCAACAGUGACAAUUCCUGAACUAACCUUUUCAGGUGGGGCUAAAAGCCUGGGAAGGGAACACUUGCUGACAAUCCUGUUGCCUUUCUAAUAGGACAGGAAUGGGCUCGUGGUCUGAGCAGGGACCAAGGGAUUCCUGGGUUCUGAUCCCUGCUCUGACAUUGAUUUUUUUCUGGGCCUUGGGCAACUCACUUAACCUCUGGAUUUCUGACUUUCCCUCUGUGAAAUGGGGGUGACAAUACCUACCUCUGAAGACUGAUCAUUGACUUCCUGUAAAGCGCGAUAAACUGCAAUGGGUUUACAAAUGCUAAGUGUUAUUCUGGCUGAAGGGCUGACAGCAGUGAUUUGCCAUGACAGAGUCGCCUUCCUGGACUCUGGCUUCUCUUGGUAACUGGUGAUAGUGAGUUCACAGCAAGCAAGGUGGCUGCGUGGAGCAGCGGGUCACCAAAUCUAGUGCAGCGUCUUCUCUUUGAAGCUUCCACUGGAGCAGGUUGUGCUUCAUUGCAACCCUUUAAGGGCUUUUGCUUUAAGGUCCUUCCCUGAAAUGCUCCCUCUCCCUGCGGGGGAUCACAGCCCUCCAAGGGGCACAAGCAGCAAGUUCCCUGGGUGGGAUUCUAGUGCCCUCCUGCUUUUCAUGGCACCUCGGUGGGAAUGCAGAGAAACCAGCGGAGAAUAGCUACAGCACCUUGUUACAGGAAUGCAGUCGGGUUGAAACAGCCCAGGUUAGCACAAGCAUAGCAGGGAAGUAAUGGCAGGUGCUUGAGAACUAAAGACAAGCAGCUAAACUCCAAAUAAAAGGGCUAACUGGAAAAGCGGAAGGAUGAAACCUAAAGCUGGGCUUUGCCUUCCUCUCUAAUGAUGCAAUAACUCCAGAGCACAGUGUCACAGGCCGGGAGUCCUCUGCAAGUCAGUGGUACCCUGCACAGCAACCUGCUUGCCAGGGCCAGUAUGAGGCCUUUGUGUCUCUUAAACAUCCCUGCUCCUUCCAACCCACUCUCGGCAUUUCUUGGCCAGUGUAUGUCCCCCUUGCAUCUGUUCCCCUUGCUGGCAUUUGGCCCAAUGUGCUACAACCCCAGCCCUGGCCAGCAAAGGACAAGAGCAGUUUGUCCGGAAAGUGGCAUGCAGGAGAGGGGGGAAGGUGCAAGCCCCAGAGCUCUCAGGCUUUUAACAGACUCCUCACGGGCAGCCUGAACCCCACGGUCUGGGAGGGAGGAGGAGGAGAGGGAGGGAGACAGGCAGGAGUGGAGACCAUACUAGCCAGGGAGGUGCCAGCAAGUAGAUCCCAGGGGUCGGGUAUGAAGGGAGCAGCUUGUGCCUAUAGAUCAAAUGAGAUCCCUGAGAGCUAUGCUCUACCCACCUGCGUCUGUAUAAGGCAAGUUUGCUCAGGGGUUAGCUGUGAUGGCAGCCCCUCCCUGCUAAUGAAUUCAUCAGCCCCUUUUGACAUAUCAUUGUAACCCCCGCUGAGACCUAUGUGCCUCCCUGCACAGCAGGAUAUGAUGCCUGUUGAUCAGAAAGACGUGUAUUGACUGUUGGUAAAUAGCAGGUUACAGAGCCUCUCCCUCGUCAGCAUCCCACGGACAGAUGCUGCCAUGCUGUGGAAGGGACAUGGAUGCUACGAAACCUAAUGGUUGGGCUUGAGAGAAGCACAACCAGUGACCUUCAGCUGCCGUUUGCUUUUGAGUUCCCAGGAUCUAGUCUGGUAUGACAGGUUCCUUUCUAGGAUCUGGGUCAGGUACCCUCCAUCUGUGACUCAAACACAGCAUGACCACUUAAGUGACAUCCUGGAGUGACUAGGUUCAUGUCAAGUGAAGAUUAAAGGAGCCCCCCCCACCCCCCCUGCCCAAAUGAAUAAUUAUCUACAGCAGAAGCAAUUGCUGCCAGGUUGAGGUGUGCUUUCCC